AUGACCGUCGUCCGAGGAGGCCCCCUCGCAGCAUUUGCUGCUGCGCUCCUCUGCAUCGGCCCGGCGACGGCGCUCCACGCCCCCGGGCUGCUUCGCGUCCUCGCGCCCGCCGCAGGAGCAGCAGACUCGUCAGUCCCAGCGCCGCCCGCCGACUCGCGCAUCAAGGCGUACAACCUCUCGGUGCCGGUGGACCACUUCCACAACUCGUCGCGGUACGAGCCGCACUCCAACGCCACCUUCCCCCUGCGCUACUGGCUCGACACGUCCAACUACAGGCCCGGCGGGCCCGUCGUCGUGCUCAACUCGGGCGAGUUCACGAGCGAGGGCCGCUUCGACUUCCUCGACCACGGCAUCGUCCCCAUCCUGACCAAGGCGACGGGCGGCGUCGGCGUCGUCCUCGAGCACCGCUACUACGGCACCAGCUACCCGACCGAGGACGUGACUGUUGAGAACCUGCGCUUCCUCAGCACCGAGCAGGCCCUCGCCGACAAUGCCUACUUUGCGCGCCACGUGCGGUUCCCGGGCCUCGAGCACGUCAACCUCACCGCCCCCGGCACGCCCUGGAUCAUCUACGGCGGGUCGUACGCCGGCGCCGUCGCCGCCUUCACGCGCAAGGUCUACCCGGACGUGUACUGGGGCGCCAUCUCCUCGUCGGGCGUCACCGCCGCCGUCGACGUCUUCUGGCAGUACUUUGAGGCGGCGCGGCACUACGCGCCCGGCGACUGCUCGCCCACGCAGCAGAAGCUCAUGCACGUCGUCGACAGCAUGCUGCUCAGCGGGGACGACGCCCAGGUGGACAAGGUCAAGGACUUCUUUGGCCUCAAGGAGCUCUGGAACGACGAGUUCGCCGCGUACCUGACGGGCGGCGUGAGCGGCCUGCAGUCCACCAACUGGGACCCUGCCGAGGACGAUGCGUCGUUUGGCAAGUGGUGCGCGACCAUCACCUCGAACAGCCUCCUCUUCGAGAGCACGGCGUUUUUGAGGCCCGAGGUGGAAAAGGCCGUCGGCGGUGCUGGGUACAAGGGCCAUGAGCUCAAGACGCUCACGACCAGGAUGCUCAACUACAUUGGCUUCGUCAAGGACUCGGUGAAGCAGACCAAGAGCUCCUGCAAGGGCCAGAGCCUCCGCGAGUGCGUGUCUGACCGGUUCUACACCAACGACACCAGCAUCGCCGCCGGGGAGUACCGCAGCUGGCUGUACCAGACCUGCACCGAAUGGGGUUACUUCAACUCCGGCGCCGCCACGCCCAAGAACAAGCUCUCCAUGAUCUCGCGCGCCCUGACGUACGAGUACUCCACCACCAGCUGCCGCCGCCUCUUCAACAUCACGGCGCACCCGGACGUCGACGCCGUCAACAAGUACGGCGGCUUCAACUUCAGCUACCCGCGCGUGGCGCUCAUCAACGGCGCGCAGGACCCCUGGCGCGCGGCCACCGGCCACGCCAUCGGCCGGCCCGGCCGGCAGUCCACCACGGAGGAGCCCUUUAUCCUCGUGGACUGGGCGGUGCACCACUGGGACGAGAACGGGCUCAAGGACCCGGCCCAGGCGCGUCCCGGGUUCCCGCCCAAGCAAAUUGUCGAUGUGCAGGCCGAGGAGGUGCGCUUCGUCAAGGCGUGGUUGCAGGAGUUUGACAAGAAGCAGAAAAGGGGUGCGGGUGCGGGUGCGAGUGCGAGUGCGACGGGCGAGCUGUAG